ACAAAGUUUAUUGUAUUCACUAUGAUCUUAUAAUGAUGGCAUAGUCCUCAUGUAAUCGUAAUCGUCUCAUUGUUCUUCCGAAUGAAACAUUGACAAUUAAUUAGUCAUACUACUGUUUAUUUCAUUGAUACAUUCGCCAGUCCAAAAAGUAAAUUCAUGGUGAUCACUCGUUAUGAAGUUUCUCAUAGUUUUAGUUGCUGUUAUAUACCAUUAUCAAAGUGUCGAUUGUUUAAAUGCUAUCGAUUAUUUAAAUGAAAAGUUAAAUGAUCUAUCAAAAGAAGUUGUGAAAGCUUAUAAUCAUGUUACUGUUUCUAUAAAAAAUAUUUUCACCCGAAGAAAUUAUGAAGAUGAGAAAGAAAUUGAAAAAUAUAUAUUAGAAGAAAAAAUAAAACAAUCAUUUAACGAUUUCGUGGAAAAAAGCGGAUCAUGCACCCAACACCCUGAUUAUUUAAGUUUCCGAUCUGAACCAACAGCGCUAAUGUCCACACCACAAUUAGCUACGCUUCAUGGAAGACGAAUAGAAUCGCAUAUCAUUAAAACAAAAGAUAACUAUCUAUUGACUUUACAUCGUGUUUUUAAUGGAAGCAGCAUUCCCGACCGUACAGUCAUACUACAUCACGGUUUGAUGGGCAGUUCAGCUGAUUGGAUUAUGUUAGGACCGACGAAGUCAUUGCCUUAUAUUUUAAGUGACGCUGGGUACGAUGUUUGGAUGUGCAACGCAAGAGGUAAUUAUUAUUCCAGAGGUCACUUGUUAGAGAGGGUUAAUUCAUCGCGCUAUUGGAAAUUUUCGUUUCAAGAAAUGGGAGAGUACGAUUUACCAGCAGUCAUAAACUACGUGAAAAAGUUCAAGCCGAUAGACGAAAAAAUCAAUUUUAUCGGUCACUCGAUGGGAACGUCUGCUUUGCUGGUCAUGUUGUCGACGCAGCCACGCUACAAUGAAUUCUUACGGAUGGGUAUUUUAUUAGCGCCUCUAGCAUUCAUGUCAAAUGCGCAGGGGCCAAUAAAAAUGCUCACAACAAUGGCCAAUCGUCCUCCUAACAGUUUGUUGAAAGUAAUCGGUGAUACAGAAUAUUUGCCUUCGAGGAAAAUGCCUAAAAUGAUGGCAUCGAAAUUUUGUACAGGUCCUAAACUGUUCUGUGGCAAUCCCCUCCUAUUUCUGGCUGGUGGCAUAAGAGAGGAUGACUCAUUGGAAGAAAGUUUCCUAGCGAGAUUAUUAUAUCACGUUCCGGCUGGCGCAUCGACAAAUACGAUAUUGCAUUAUGGUCAGCUCGCUCAAAAUGGGAAGUUCCAUAGAUUCGGGGACUCCUCCGCGGAAUUUCAUUUACACAACGUGAGGCUUCCGAUCGUUUUGGUUACUUCCACUGAGGACUGGUUGGCAACUGUACCUGAUGUUAUGAGACUUUACUUCAACAUUGUAAAUCCGAUAGACCAUUAUGUGAUUCGUGGAAAAAAUUUGACCCACACCGAAUUCGUUUGGGGAGCUGAUGCGGACGUAACAGUUUUCUCCAAAGUCUUAGAACUAUUAGUUAGAGGUACGAAUCGAAAAUCUUUAAAAGAAAAUGAGGUGUGAAUUGGUUGGAAUUAUUCAAAUGGAUUUAGUUAUGAAUCAUAAUAAUUAUGAUUUAGGUAUUUUUUUUGCUUAAGAGGUUGUUUAAUUAAAUAUAUUACUUUGUUGUUAAAUGGCAUUUUGUGUAAGUAUAGAUAAUUCAUGUCUGGUUUAUUUGUAAAUUUUAAUACCAAAUUUAAAAUAGAUAUCACCGUAUUUGUUUUUAAAAUUUUACGCAUUCUAAUAUUCUUAAUAACAGCAUUUAUAUUUAAUUGAACAUAAGCCCUACCUAAUUCAAUUUUAACGAGUUUUAUAUUGAAAUAUUAUAACCUGUUUGUUUAUAAUAUUUAGAGUUUUUUUUCUAAAAUAAACACAAAAUUGAUCGCUAAAUUCAGGCUUAUACUUUGUUGAGUGUACAUGUACCUAAGUUAAUAAAAAAGCUAUAUCAAAUAAAGAACCCUAAACAUCUCGCAAACUAAGAACUAGCAUUCUUAGCGUGCAAUCCCAUAAAUAACUUUAAUUACUAUGAUGUUUUUUUUAAAGAACAGAUUCCUUUAUUUGUGUUUUCGACUUUUUCAUUAAAACUGCACAGAUGACUUUUGGAAAUUAUAUCUAUACUAUAGCUACAGCUAGUUAUAAAAGUACCUUAGUACCGUAGUUUUGCGAACCGAUCGCGUAGCUUCUUGACCUUCACAAGUGCUUGUAACAGCCUAGACUGAAUAAAUUACUUUUCAUUUCAUUUCACUUAUUGUGUUUUGAAGGAAGAAAGUCAAUUAAAU